AUUGAACUAAAAUACAGAUUUUAAUUAUUUGAAUUAUAUUUAAUUGGUGUUUAAAGUAAUGAAAAUAUUGAAUGGAAAUUUUUAUUGAAACAGGCAAUUAUUAGAAAACAAAAUAUCCAAUGGAACUAAACAUAUUAAAAUUGUCACGGCAGAAAAUCAAUUUUUUGUUUCCGGAAAAUUUUUAGAAUGUCAUCGAAUAACACAUCGAUCUAUCUUGCAUAUGUUUUUAUAGCAGUAAUUUGUCUCUCGAUCGCAUCUUUAAGUGCACAGGAGCGUAACUACAUCAUAGAAUUAACCAAAGUGAGAUGCUAUCAAAACUCCACACAUUUCAAGGCUUUGCAAUGUUCGCUUCGAAAUGAAAGCAAUAUACGUGUUUUGGAUAUACGCAUGGAAUUGACCACGACAAUAAGGGAUUUUCAAAUUCACUCCGUAAUGAAGGGCUAUCGUCCCAAGAUGCCGACCUUAACAAUAUAUGAUGUGAAUUUGAGUGCCUGUGAUUUUUUGGCCAACUUGAAUAGGUUGCGACUCUUUAUAACAUUGCUGAAGUCAUUUAAACGAUACUACAAUGCCGAUGCCAAGUGUCCUUUUCGAAAGAAUUUCAAUUACACCCUAAUCGGAUUUAAAUUCGACACAAGCCUCUAUCCAUCGUAUCUGCCUGAAGGUGUGUUCACAGCAGUCAACUCUGUAAAAUAUGAAAAUAAAUCCAUAGCGAAAACCAUGUUUUGGGGUCGGGUGGCAUAUAUAAAGUAAAAGUCCGAUAGUUCGAUGUACAUCAAAAAUAAAAUAACAAAUGUCUUUUCUUGGUAAAUACCGCAA